UCAGUCUCAAGAUGGCGAUUAAAUCGAAAUCGUCUAAAGAUUUUUCGCAAAUUUAAAAUUUGUUAUUUACAUCAAAAAGACGUACAAAAAUUACAAAAAGUGCUAUAAAAUAUUGAUUAAGCACGCUAGAAAGUGUUUUGAAUAGAAAUAGUGUCUGUUUUGCAUACGUAUAAGGUAGUUUGGAGCAGUCGAAUUAUUCCGUCGCAGCAGAGGCUGGAUUGCCCAAGUUGGCAAACGCUGAGCUCAACAGACGUGCAACAAUAGUGGUAGUACGUGAGAGCUAAUAGUAACGGAAUACAAUUCUUGUAGUGCAAUUUGGCUCGAAAAAUAAACUAGACAUUUGUGGUUUAUUAAAUAUAAUAGAAUUAAAAAGUCUUGGAGUGAAUGCGAGAAGGUGUGCUGUGUGAGAUUUCAAUUUUUGAUACAUUUUUUUUUUUUUUUUUUUUUGAAAUUCUGAUGAAGUGGUAGGUAACACACCUGUUACCAAGUAAUCAGCAUGAUGAAUAACUAUAGUAAUAUGAUGAUGGGCGAUCAAUUUCGCAAAAUGGAAAGUACAACAUAUUCCCCAAAAUCAUCGCCACACGGUGGUCGUUCACCAGUGGUAUCAAGACAAGAUUCAUCUGGUACAUUAAAGACUACAAUAUCACUGGGGAAAACGCCUAUGAUACUACAAACCGGACCAUUUUACUCAAUGAAGGAGCCACCAGGUAAAGGUGAAUUGACGGGUGAUAAGGACUUAAUGACCGAAUAUGGUUUGCACCACACACUUACAAAAUUUAAAGAUAAAAAAGUUAAGGAGUCAUUGGCUUCUUUCCUACCAAAUUUACCUGGCAUUUACGAUACCAACAGCAAUCUGGAAAAUAGUACACUACGCAGUGUCAUUGAAAAACCACCGAUUGUUGGCAAAGAGCUAGUGCCAUUAACUGCCGUACAAUUAGCUGGAUUCCGCCUGCAUCCUGGACCUCUACCUGAACAGUAUCGUGCGCUGAAUACGACGCCUGCUCGAAAACACAAAAAUAAGCAUAAAAAGCACAAACAUAAAGACGGUGCUGUGCCGCAGGAAACAUCGUUAAUGGACUCAACUGGACUGGAAACGUACGAGCGCAAACACAAAAAACAAAAACGACAUGAAGAUGAAAAGGAGCGUAAGAAACGGAAAAAAGAAAAGAAGCGUAAAAAGAAAAGUCACAGUCCAGAGCCUUCAGCAGCUGGUUCAUUAGCUAGCGGUGGCGGUGGUGGUGGAGGUAGUGGCGGCAGCGUUAGUGGUGGCUCAAGCGUUGUUGGUGUCGGGGGUGUGGGUACAGGCGGCAUGGGAUUGGGUGGUAUGCCCACAAUGGUUGGCAGCAGCGGCAGUAAUGUUGGUACAGUUAGUGGUAGUGGUGUAAAUGUGAUGUCCGGUGGAAUUGCAAUGCAACAGCCGGUGCAGCAACAACAACAACAAAUGUCAGCGACGCCAAUGCUAAGUGAUAUGGGUACGAUAUCACAACAAUUAAUGCUGUAGUGGGGUGGUUGAAAAUAUGCAUUACAGUAUGUAUGAGAUGCAAAAGGCAACAAAAAGUUAUUUAAA